UCCUUCAGGCAGUUUCGCUAUGAAGAGGCUGAGGGGCCCCGAGGGAUUUGCAGCCGACUCUCCAGUCUUUGCCAUCAGUGGCUGAAGCCAGAAAGGCACACCAAGAGUCAGAUGCUGGACCUGGUGCUCCUGGAGCAGUUGCUGGCCGUCCUUCCCCCAGAGAUGGCCAGCUGGGUCAAGGAAUGUGGGGCAGAGACCAGUUCCCAGGCGGUGGCCUUGGCCGAAGGCUUCCUCCUGAGCCAGGCAGAGGAGCAGAGGCAGCAGCAAAAGCAGCAGGAAAUGUUUCUGGAAGCGGCCACUGACUUCCCUGAGACAGAGGAGGGUCCCUCAGAUUCUGGAUGCAGAGUAAAAUCAAGGUGGAUCAUGGAAGAAGAUCACAAACAUGACAUUUCACGGGGUAAGAUUGAAAGGGGGCAUGCUUCAGUUCAGUUCUCCAAAAUGAGUUUCAGAUAAGGCUCCACUGGGCCCAUGUAGGCAAGCUGCUGAUCUGCAGAUCUCUUGUUUGGGCAGUUUAAGCAUUUAUAAAGACCCUGUGUGAGUUUCAUGUAAAAGUGGAUUGGUGACCAAUGUUUCCUUACCUGUGCAGAAUGGGUAGAUGAUGCAUGAUGUUAUGAUUGAUCUUUUACCU